UUCCGCGCGUGCUAUCAAGUGCGAAAUACUGCAUUCUCAAACAAACUUAUCAGGAGGGACACGUCCGUAUCGCUAAUUAGACCAGUUAAAGAUUUAGUGUUUAUCUAACACGUUACUCGGGUAUCUACUGGAGAUCUUUGUGAUAUUUAUUAGUGGAUAGUCAGUGUGCAGUGUGUUUUGAAGCUGAAAUGAUUGUAUAAUAUACAAAACUUCGCAUCGAAGGAUCAAAUUCCUAACCAAGAUUACUGGAAGCAGUUAAGAAGUUAGGGCCUUAGCGCCCUCAGAAUAAUGGCGAAGUUCAUUAAGUCGUUCUUCACCAACGAUAGGCGGAAGAACUCGUGCUUCGAGGAAAGCGAAGAGGAUAAAAAUAUCGCACUAUCUCUCGAUGGUAGGAGGAAGCUGUCUCUAUCAAGAUCGGGACGGAUGAAGCAAACAAACAAAAAAAGGCAUUCGCUAUCUUUGGAUGUUUAUAAUCAAGAUAUACAAAUGUCAGAAAAACCAAGGAACACAGAGCUUCAAACAGCUUCAGUCACCAAAGACAAUAAACCUGAAAACGUGCGACGAAGUCUGAGCGCCGAAGAGGAAAUCGACACUGCCUUUGAGAUCAUCAAUAAAACGAUAAUAACUGAUUUAUAACUAAUAACAUAAGCAUUAAGAAAAUACAGAUUGUAGCAGUAGAUCUUUUUUUGACAUAGCUCGUCCGCCAAGCAGCAUUGUUGCAAUGCUGUGUUCCGGUCUGAAAGGCGUCGUUGCUGGUGUACUGAUGAUAAUACCUACAUCAAAAUAUCUUAUAUAUGGUUAACUAGCGACCCGGCCCAGCUUCGAACGGUAAAAUGUAUUUAGGGUACUUAAUUGGAUAAGGAUUAAUGAACAGAAUUAAGAUCAUAAAGAACCCGCGUACAUGACUAAUAUUGAAGCAUCAAAAACCACUCUACUUUAGUAGUGUUUCUCGAAGAGACAGAUUGUCAUUUCCCACAUUUAGCAAUUAACAAUAAGUAUUUUUCCACCUAUGUUCUAAAAGUUUACCAUAGAAAGGGAAAAUGGGAAAGUGAAUGAGCUAGCAACAUUCCGCGAGUGUGAGUGCGCGGGGACUUUUCACUAU